GGGCAUCACUAUAUAAGACUCAGAACAUCAGGCUGGGACCGUGAAAUCGCUCUGGGAGCCAGGAAGGAGAAACCAGUGAGGCAACAUCAAAAUCUUUUGACUUUAUUUCUCCGUGAGGACCCGACGCAACCCAGGUAAGAUGAUGACAAAGAUCUACGCCUUCAUUGGACUUUUACUUCUUAUUCUGAUCCAGAGCAGCCUGCAGAUGCCCAUACAAGAAAACAUGGAAGAUAACUCCAGCCUUAUGUCCGAGGACGCACUAUUUAAUGACCCAAGAGAAGCAAACAACAUGAAGAGACAUUCAGAAGGCACAUUCUCAAACGAUUACAGCAAAUACCUGGAGACCAGGAGAGCACAAGACUUCGUUCAGUGGUUAAUGAACUCCAAGAGAAGCGGAGUCCCCACGCGACGGCACGCAGACGGCACAUUCACCAGCGACGUCAGCUCUUACCUGCAGGACCAGGCGGCAAAAGAGUUUGUGUCCUGGCUCAAAACGGGGAGAGGACGACGGGAAUGAGGACUGGCGGCGACCAGAUAAAAACUAGCCUGCUCGACUCUGUUUUAUAACGCCUAGUGCUGUCAGUUUCUCCGAAUCAUGCAAAUAAAUCUUUCUUCAAAUGAA